UUCGUGUUUGAUUCCUCUUGCAGUCGUGGAAUUGGCCUCACCAACUUGGCGCCAUGUCGGCCAUGGAGGCAAGGCGCCAGCUGGCGGAGCGCAAGGCGAAGGCAGCGGCUGAAGUGGAGGAGGAGAAGCAGAAGAAGGAAUAUGAGCGAAGGGAAAAGGAGAGAAAGAAGAAGCGAAAAGAGAAGUUUAGGGAGGAAGAAAGGAUACAGCUGCUGUACAAGGAGAUGGAAGAGGCCAAGAAGUUGACCUGGGAACAAAAGGUCCAAAGGGAGUGGUUUGCCUUGGAGUUUGCUCCGCCGGAGGUAAAGGACGAUCGAGCUGUGGCGAUUUCAGCCAUCAACCAGUCCGGGUUGGCCCUGCAGCAUUGCUCGGUUGACAUUCAGGAGGACAAAGAAAUGAUCCUCCUGGCCUGUGCCAACAGCUUCGGCGAGGCUUUGAAGUUCGUGGACGAUUCCUUCCUGAGAGAGCGUGAUUUUAUGGUCCAGGCUGCAGAAGCUCAUGUCCAAAGCCUCAAAUACGCCGACAUCGAACUUCGUGAAGAUGCUGACUUCAUCCGGGAAUGCAUGGAGAAGGCUAGCUGGCUAGCUUUGGGCUACGCAGACAAGGAUCUCUUGAGAAAUGAACGCCUUGUUCUGGAAGCAGUGCGCCUUGGUGGCUUGGCUCUACGAUAUGCUGCAAAGGAGCUCCAUGAAGACCACUACAUUUGUCUCACAGCUGUGAAACAAGAUUGGAGAGCCAUGCAAUUCGUGGCCAAGAAGCUACUCUACGACUUGGAGCUCGCUGCAGCGGCAGUGAAACAUACCUGGCAUGCAUUUGCUUGCCUGCCGGAGAAGCUGCGCGGUGAUCGGCACUUAGCCCACGACGCUGUGGUAGACAGCUGGUGUGCCUUGAAGUACUGCUCGGCAGAGCUACGCGCUGAUAGAGAGCUGGCGAGGGAAGCCGUCCAGCAAUGCUGGAAAGCGUUGGAGAUCAUGGAUCCGGCCUUUCUCAGCGACAGGGAAUUCGCCAUGAUCGCCACACGUCAAAACCCCGAAGCCUUGAAGCUACUGGCGCCGGAGCUCAUGGCAGAUCGGGAGUUGAUUGUGGAAGCUGUGCGUCAAGACUGGCGGGCCUGGAGCAUGGCUUCAGUGGAGCUGCGUGAUGAUGAGGAGUUGCUGAAAAUGGCAAUGGAUCAAGAUGUUCACGCAUUGGAAUUUGCGUCAGAACGACUCAAAGCGGAGAUCAGCAACAUCAACACCGCGAUGAGAGCAGAUUGGGUAGCGGUGCAGCAUGGCGUUCAACCUCUCUUCCCAGAGUGGGAACAUGAUGGGCUGAGCCAUCCGUACUGGAUCUCCAUCACUGCUGGGCCUGGCAAGGAAGUACGACGACGGAAAAGGCCUGGCUUCAAGGACAGAAAGAAUGAUGAUCUUCCAGAGCCCUGCAAGAGAACAACGAAGACCACCGUUGUAACCACCACGGUGACGACGACGACUGAAAGCACUUGAUGGCCUGGUGAAAAGCACUCAGCGCUCAUGCAAGAAUGGCAAGCAGACACAUGAAAGGCAGCUUAGACUAGUAAGCCCAUUGAUUUUGAGUUGAUUUUCCGCUACCUGCUGACCCAUGGUCAGUGUUCCCAUCAGUGUUUCAGCAUUGUGUAGCUGUCUCACGCCAACCA